CAUCACCUUCUCUAUCUCAAGAUCAAGCCCGAAUACGGCUAUUAUCUAGGCUUUUUACACUAAGAUCGUAUGUGAUGCCCUGAUAAUUUGGUGACCAUAUCUUAUCUCUAACGGUCAUUUGAGAGCCAGAGUCGUCUGUGUGGGCUGUUCCUGCACGAGCUCGGACCUCAUCCCCGACCUUCACAACAACCACCACUUGCACUCACUCACUCACUCACUCACUGCCCUACCAUGCCCGAGCUCCUCCUCCAAUCCGCUCUUGCCGCCUCCAGGUCGAAGGACUUCGCCAUCCGAGCGGCCCAGAUCAAGUCCAGCUGUAUAAACCAGCACGGCGAUCAUGAAUCCCUGGUCUCGUGCCCACAAUGCUACGGACUCCUUCUUGACGCUCUCCGCGCGCGCUAUCUCGGCUCCUCAUCAAAUACCAGCAACACGGGAGCCCCCGCAGACCAGCAGCAGCAUGAAUGGUUCACCUCCCGGCCCGCCUUCCUCUCAGCACUGAACCUUCUCAUCGACUCCGCCAAGGAGUACCAGGUCCCUCCGAAGGCUAUCGACGAUCGUGUGCAGGAGGAGCGGAGUCGCUGGUAUGCUGAGCGGGUGCGCUCAUCAUUGCUGAGGUUGAUGGUGGAUGACCCGUCGAUGCGCGGGAUAGUGUUCGAGAAGCUGGAGGACCUGUCCACCGCGACAGCGGGCGGUGAUCCGGUUGCAUUGGCCAGAGAGGUGGCCGAGAUCCUCAGAAAGGGGCCGUUGGCGCCUGAGAAAGGGACGGAACGUCAUCUACCGGAAAGGGUAGCCGCCGCGAGCGGCGGGAUCGGAAAGGUAGAGGUGUUGCGGGAUGCGUUCUUCAGGGCCGAGGAUGGCACCGUGCCCGAGGAUCACCGGAAGUACCUCGACAUGCUGCUGCAUCACGGCCUAUCGAUGGAGCAGGUGGUGGAUCGGAUUUUGGACGAGCGGCAGACGGCCACCGGCGCGCGGGAACAGACGGACAAGCUUAACCAGCGGCUCGACGAACUCCGCAGAGCCCGAGCCGCACACGAGGCACAGAAGUCGAGGAAAGCGCAGCGGCGGGAGAGUCUCGCCCAGCAAAAAGUCCCAGACGAGCUGUACCAUCUCCCCACCUGCGCCGUCUGCGGGCAAGAACCGCGAACAGAAGACUACUUCACCUGCAGCAUAUGCACCAUACUCACGACAGCAGGAACCCAGUCAAAGCAGACGGUAUUCUGCUCCGAGCGAUGUGAACAGCAAGGCCACCCCUCCCACGCAGAAACACACACCUGCGCCUCCGCCCUAGAUUGCAUCCAACUCCACCCAGCCAACACCAACACCACCACCUCCACCAACCAAAACCCCAAAGAAGAAGAAGAAGACACGCCCAUGGCCGACGCCCCGCCCCCGCCGCCGCCAACCGAGCUGCGCUUCUGCACCGAGUGCCUGACCACCCUAAAACGACCAACAGCCUGGUGCUCGCUCGCCUGCGCCGACGCCAAUUUCCAAACACACCGGGAAGCGGUGCACCUGCCGGGACGGGCGCGGCUCGGGCUGGGGCUGGUGCCGGGGGGAGGGGGAGGAGGAGGAGGCGAGAGGGCGGACGACGAGGCACAGCUGGAGUAUUAUCCUCCUCCGCAUUCUCCUUCUUCUGCUGCUUCUGCUUCUGCUUCUGCUUCUGCUCCUGCUAAGGGGGAGGGUGAGGAGGGUGGGAAGAGGUACCGGGCGAGGGAUAUCGCGGCGCUUACGACGGGGCUGGGGGAGGCGGUUCGGGAGUGGGAAGGGCGGAAUAGGGUUCGGUUGGAGGGGUCGGUUUGA